AUGGGCAUCCUUAUCUCUGCGGGGAUCACCCAGAAGCGUAGGCUGACGGACCACUGGGGAGCAGGGGACCACGACAACUACCCUCCUGUCCGAAAGUGCAUGCCUCGCGACCUCUUCACGUUCUUCUACUGCCGGUUCUUCUACAUGACUCCAGUCAUCGAGGCUCUCUCCAAGACCCAUCCAGAGUACGAUUCCAAGCAUCACAUCAGGACGGGGUUGUCGUACGUACCUUCGGAGGACCUUCCUGACGGAUCCAAAGUCUACGGGUUUCACCGGAAGCACCUGUACGGAGUGAUGGGCAUCCUUAUCUCUGCGGGGAUCACCCAGAAGCGUAGGCUGACGGACCACUGGGGAGCAGGGGACCACGACAACUACCCUCCUGUCCGAAAGUGCAUGCCUCGCGACCUCUUCACGUUCUUCUACUGCCGGUUCUUCUACAUGACUCCAGUCAUCGAGGCUCUCUCCAAGACGCAUCCAGAGUACGAUUCCAAGCAUCACAUCAGAGCAUUCGAAGACGCACUGAACACAUGCUGGAGCUCGCUUGUGGAGCUUGAAGGGUGGGUGUCGUAUGACGAGCAGAUGGUGAAGAGCACGGCGAGAGCUAUGCACGGGCUGAUGAGAUUCAACCCUCAGAAGCCCAUCAAACACGGGAUUAUGGGCUUCCCGCGACAUUUUUGCCGUGGGUACGCUGCGCGGCAAGCGCUCGGGUUUGGACGCCGCGAUGGAGCUCUGGCAGAACAACGAGGAAUCCACCAAAGAGAAGGGAGACAUGUAUUCGCCCGCAGCAACCACAUCGUCAUCAUCGAGUGGGUGGACUCGAAGACAGUACAUCUCAUGUCAACCAAGCACGUCUUCGAUGAGGAUUGGAACCCGGUUCUGCAGACGAAGCGCGCUGCGCUCAACGACGGAAACAGCGUGUCGAGCCUCCAACCACUAGCUCGUCUGGACUACGUCGUCAGGAUGGGUGGCGUAGACGUUGCCGACCAACGCCUCAUGACCCACCAGCAUGGUCACAAGCAGAAGACGUUCUUUUGGCGGCGUGUUUUUGACCAAAAGUUCGCUCAGGCUAUCAGCAACGCCUAUCUUUUGUAUGCGGCGUGGGCAGGCAUCUUGACCACCCAGUGCGCGGCGGCGGUGGUGGUGGCUCCCGAGU